CGUGACGAGGGGAAGUUGUACGCUCCGUACCGCUAACUGUUACGAAAAUAGUAUUACGCAUUUUGUGACUCUGUGGUGAAUCGUGUUUUUCAGUGAUUUAAGUGUUGACUUUUGAUGCGGAUUGAUUAAGAUCUAGUGACGAAGUGUUAGUGAGGCAUGUGAGGUGGAUAAAGUAAAUAUGGUGGCAAGAUGAAGUUGUGGAAAAGCCUUAAAAUUUCCAUAGGCAAGACGGACUCGAAAGGGUAUCCCCACGACCUGCCACAGUGGGGCGGCCAGGGUUAUGAGUUAGAUGUGUUCAAAUCGCAGACGUCACUAUCAACUGACUCUGGGCUGUGCACUGAACGAGGCCUGCGGAGAACACAUAUAGAACUAAUCAAGCCUCCUGGAAAGCGGAUCGGGCUUAAACUGGCAGGUCGUUCAGAACCAGGUGUAAUACCUUCGAUUGUUGGAUUUACCAAGGACUCAGUAGCCCAUGAAUCCGACCGGCUGGCUCCCGGAGAUAGAAUCUGCAGCGUCAAUGGCAUCUCCACUGCCAGGCUUACUAAUGAAGAAGUUCUACGAUUAUUGGACAAUGUUGAAGAGAGGGCAUCUCUGGAAGUUGAAUACUAUAUGCCUAACUAUGCAUCACAAAAUUCCCUGUACAUCACAACGAAGCUAGCAGAAGUGCCAGUUGAGAAAGUUGGUGGAUCGCUAGGAGUGACAAUACGUGGAGGACUUCCGGAAAACGCGGCUCCAACUGCUGAUCUGGUGUUGAACAGCAGAUCUCUGGAUGCGCAACCGUUGGUCAUUACUCAUGUCAGACCUGGCGGGGCAGCGUACAAUACAUCUCGAAUAAAACCUGGUGAUCGGCUGUUGAAAGUUGAUCAUAUAUCCCUAACAAACAAAACACUAUCAGAAGUCCAUCAAAUACUCCAGAAUUGCCCGCAAGUGACGAGCCUAACUAUCGAGUAUGAUGUAUCUAUCAUGGAAUCUGUUAAGUUGGCGAGUGGGCCCUUACUUAUCGAGAUUGAAAGGCCGUGUAACGAGGACUUGGGGCUUUUCUUGAGUAAUCAGCGGUAUUCUGACGAUGUAUAUAGUUCUGGAUCUGACACGUACCAAAGGGUUGGGACGUGUAACGCAAUUUACAUUGACAGUAUAUUACCUGCGAGUAUUAGUGACAGAUGUGGUGCCCUCCAUCCUGGCGACCAGCUGUUAGCAUUUGACGACCACGUCAUUGAUGGCAAUACCUACACAGCGGAAGAAGUGAUGUGUUACUUGGAGAACUGUGAACCUGGUUUUACGAGACUUCAUAUAGCUCCGCGACAUAUCCUGGCACAUGGUGGAAGAUUUCCUAGAGAAAAUUCAAUAUCCGGUACGCUGAAUCCUAAGAAACAACGCCAAAGAUAUAGACAAAGUUCCAUGCCUAAACUGGGUGGUCAGGAUGAUUUUGACAACCAGCAAAACUACAUGAGCAUGGGCGUGUGUAGAACGGAAUCUCUGAACAUACAGUUGGAAGUGCCUCCGGGGCAGAGCAGCGGACUCCUAGUACACGAAGAUAAUGCUACGUUAGUCAUAUCACAUGUUGCGCCACAGUCACCAGCCUACAGAUCGGGAUGUCUCCAAGUGCGGGAUCGAGUGAUGUCUAUAAACGGUCACGAGAAUCUAACUCUUGAUGUGGCAAACGAAAUUCUUCAGCGAAGAAAUGAUUCGCAUAACCCAAAAUAUCUGACCUUGAACGUUGAAUUCAGUAUGCCCAAUACUAUUGAGGCGUCGAGUGGGGUCUUUACUGUAAAGCUUGCGAAGACCACGGCAGGUCUUGGAGUUACGAUCACAGGUUGCAAACAGAAGCUAUUAAGUAAUGAGGAACCAAUGGUGAUAUCAGAUAUCAAACCAGGUUCAGUGGCCCAUCGAAGUGGCGCAUUGGCUCCGGGGGAUCAUCUCCUGGCUAUUAAUGGACAGCCUUUACAUAAUUUGUCACUGGACACAGCAUUCAACAUCCUUCAAAACUCACCUGAAGAUAUAAUAACAUUAAAAAUCCGCAAACGCGAUUUGACUGACGACUGGGCGAACAUACACAAGCAAAAUGCAAAACUCACUUUGCAAAGCUUUAGUAGCGUGGAAACAAAAGCUGUUAUACACAGUGAAGAGGACUCCGGGCAUACCGACAGUCCUAAUAAUAGCGGGAAGGACAGACAUGACGCGGUUUUUAUGGUAGAAAUCAUAAGACCAGACAGUGGGCCGCUGGGAUUAACAAUAGCUGGAAGCGAGGAUGUAACGCAGCCUAUACUACUGAGCGGGCUUAUUGAAGGUGGCUUGGCUGAAAAGUGUGGGAAACUGGCCAUUGGAGAUGAGCUGCUCAGUAUAAAUGGCGAGAGCGUCCUAAACAAACCUUUAUCGGAAGCAAUCAAGUUGUUACAACAAAGUGGGCAAAGAAUUCAGCUGCAAAUGUGUAGGAAAGUCACUGGUCAUUUGGACUGCGGUGAAUCGAGUGCAAGGGAUUCUAGCCAUUCCACGUCAAGUCCAGGGCUCUCAAACGACAGUGCUGUGGAGUCCUGGGACCAGAAUACGCCCGUGAGGACGAGUGGUAAUUGUGGCAAUUCCGAAGUAAUAGAGUACGCUGUACCAGACAAGUCCCGAAUAAUAGAUAAACAGCCGUACUCACCGACAGACGAAGAUAAACUUAUGGCCUCCAAUUUCAAUUCGUUCAUUCAAGACUUACCCUUGCCGAAUUAUUCACUCAAUAAUUCACUCAAGACGUUUCACUACGAGAAUACGUGCAUUAUCCCCGAGACUUUGAAGAAAACGAAUACAAGAGAGGACGAUGUUCAGCAAAUUGAAAUUUUAACUUCGAAUAUGAAGGAUUGCCAGCUGCACAACAUGGAGAGGUCGUCAUGCAAAUGUGACUAUGUGCAGAUGGGUCCUUAUAGUAUAGUCUCCCCGAACCGGCGUAACUGGGAUAACGACUACAACGGUAUAUAUACUGUGACGACCCCGCAAAAGUCGCCGUUGAAACCCAUGGCGGGAUCCAGCUUUCAAUUUUCGAAUAGUCCUAUUUAUGAGAACGAUGUCCCAGGUCUCUACAGCAGCGAUACGCUAUCACCAGCUCGGGGUUCUGUUCAUCACGUUAUACUAUAUAAGGAUGCAAUAUACGAUGAUUAUGGGUUCUCCGUCUCCGAUGGUCUAUAUGAAAGGGGGGUCUACAUCAAUAGGAUACGUAAAGGUGGACCAGCAGAUAUCGUUGGGCUGUUACGUCCGUAUGACAGGAUUUUACAGGUGAAUGGUACACGAACGGUCGAUUAUGACUGCUGCUUGACUGUGCCUUUGAUUGCCUCUGCGGGUGACCGAUUAGAAAUUGUCGUGCAACGGCUAGCAACUUCACGGGAUUUAAGAAACAUUCGUCUAGAUGACAGUUCGAGCCCCAGUGAAAGUCCCAGCAGCAUUGUGACUAAGACUAUUUAGUGCAUAACCCGUUUCUAGUGCAGGAACACUAAAAUCUAAGCAAUAGUUUGUACAACGGUUGCCAUGGCAACAUGCAGCAACAUUAGAGCUAGUUUAGCGCUAAGAGUGAAAUCUUUUUUAGGGGUGAAAAUAUAACAUGAACCUACCAACUAAUGGGACAAUUGUAAUAAAAAUGCUUGUCGUAUUCCAAUUGCGGUGCAUUUUCAAUUACCGCUUAACUGUCUUAGGUUAACACUGUUAUAGGUUUUACGAGAUUGGCAAAAAUUACGAACACUUUCGCAACACAUGUAUAAAUAAAAGUAAAAUUACGUCUAAAUCUUCUUAUGACUUUAAUGUUCUAUAGAUAUGAACAAUAAUUGUAUAAAUAAUUAAGGGCUCAAAUAUAGCUGUGUAUAUUGUGCAGUAUUGAGCUUAUGUGGUGGUUAUAUAUAGUAUAUAAGAUUAAUGUAUAGAAUUAUAUAUUACUAUUGUAUUAGGAAAUUGCAAAAUGUCUUAAAUAUGUUGGAUAACAAUUACACACCUGAAAUCUGUUUUGUUUAAAUUAAAUAUUUUGUAAACUUUGUUGAAAAACAAGGGUUAGGGGUGGAACGGGUUCCAUUAUCGCUAACAAGCGACAAUCUCUUUCAGGCAACCCAAUACAGAAAAAAAAAUGCUGAGAGUUUAAGGUAAGUAUACUCUUUGAAUCCACAUGAGUGAUUGAAUUUGGGUAAAACAAUUAUCUCAUGUAACCUGACUCGUGGAUAACAAUGACGCAGUAAUGUGAUAUUCCAAAGUCUCUCUCCUUAUGAUUUCCAGGCGCGAUUAGAUCAGACGAGGAAGACGUGCGGCAGCUUAGAACUAAUGUAAUGAUGGAAAAAAUUCUAAAUAUAUGUAUUUCUGUAAACAAUAAAUUCUUUGCAAAAAAACCUUUUUCUAAAUUAUAUUAUUUAGCAGUGUUGGCCUAUUGGCUUCAGGAUGCUAAUCUCAUCCCUGAGGUCGCAGGUUCGAUUCCGGCUGUGCAACAAUGGAAUUUAUUUCAAUGUCUACAUUUAAGAUUCGCUCGAACGUGAAGGAAAACAUCUUGAGGAAACCGGCUUGCCUUAGAUCCAAAUAGUCGACUGUUUCAAGCACAGAAGCCUGAUCACCUACUCUCUUAUUUGAUUAGAUGGUGAAGAAUCAGAUACAGUAAUCUGAGGCCCAGGCCUAAAAAGGCUGUAGCGCCACUGAUAUAUUUAUUUAUAGAAUCUAUCUAGUAUAUAAUAUGAUGUAUGCCAAUACAAUAAAUACUGUUAUAUAAGUAUGUAUUUAAUAAGCAACUACAACAAGUCAAUCUCAAUUCGAGUUGGAUGGAAAAUUGUUAAAUCUGUAUAUUCAUUGAAAUUUGUAACGUUUUAUAAAAUUCAGAAUUGAAACAAUAGCUUUUUAUAAAUUAGCUCCACCAGAUAUCGUCGACUGCAUUUCGGUUUGGAUAAAAGCCAACAAACUAUCUUCGCUGCUAAAAUCUCCCAAAAAUAUAUCAUUUUGAAUUGUAUUGCACUAUAUUUUUCAAAAUAGAAACGCGACACGGAAAUUGGAUGAUAAAACUGCUGUAAAAUAUGAUAGAAAUACGUCCUGUUACUUAUAUCAUAAAUUACUGUAUAUAUUUUACUUUGACCUUUGUAUUAUAAGUUGAUAACGUUGGCAAAGUAGUCAAUUUGAGACCCAAUUAACCUCGUGUGUACACCGAAGGUAAGUAUUUACAUAUAAAGGUGAACCGUUUGAGGCAAGGAUAACGCCAAUGUUUUUUCACUUUCGAUGUUAUUGUAAUUCCUCUCUUGUAUGUUUCCUUUAUAAGCUCAUGCGUAUAUGGUAUAUUGAAUAUAUUGUAUUGUUUAAUAUCUAACUGUAAUAAAUUAAUUUUUUUGUAUUAAUUUAAUGGCAAAAUUAAAAAUUUUGUUUAUUCUAAUUACAAUAAAACAUAAUUAGUAUAUAGUUAAAUGAUUACUACUAAUGAAUUGUCAACGAUAUAGUUACGAAAUAUAUGUAAUUAAAUAUCUAGGUAAUUUUAUAUUGUUGUUGAAGUCAGACUGAUAGCGUUUUAUAGAUGUUAAAUGAACGAUAAAUUAUAAUUGCUAUGGGUAUCCCAGCUUUGAGUUUCAGUGCUGAAAUAUUUUAAGACGUCUAUUAAAAUCUUUGCCCUACCUAACCUACUUAUAAAAUCUUAAGGAGGAAGGAAGUCGUUAUGCUAUUCGAUAGGUAAGAAAAAUUAGCCAUGAAAGUGAAAUUUACUCUAUUAAUAUCGUGUUAUUCAGAAAUAUAAUACAUUUAACUCAAUCAAGAGCACGGAUUUUCAUUUAAGUUUAUCGGAUAACUUUGAGUCUUUGAGUGAGAGAAAUCUAAAUAUUUUUCAUCACAAAAACCCUAAGCUGGAUAACUCUUAUAGCUACGUCCCCAAAGGUAUAUCCAAAAACGUAUGGUUAAAAAGAUUAGCUGUAUAAUUCAAAUUAUGUAAAUAAUAUAUCGAGAAGCGUUUAUAAAAUAAGUAUUAUUAUUAUUAUAUUAUUUCGUUUUUGGCCUUGUAAAAUAAGCAUUUCUUCAAUGUCAGUUUAUAUAAAAUGCACUUAAGAAUCGUUGUCAAUAAAUAAUUGGACGUGGAAUUUUCAAACAAAAGACGAAAGCAAUUCGUUUAAUUAUGAUUGGCCAACAGAGUCUUGUCCAAUCACAGACACGCGACUCCGUUCGGCUAAUCACCAUUGUUUCGUCAUUUGUUCUACAUCGUCAUCUCGACGGUCUUAUUCAUAAAGUCACAAUAAACCUUAAGAUGGUUUUAUUAAGUAAUUUCUUUACACGUAAUAGCUAUUUGGUUUUAUAUAACUUAUGGAUAGUGUAUUAUUCGGAACUAAAAGCAACGUUAUGUUUAAUACGAUUAAAAAACUUAUAAGUAUGAUUUUUUUUUGCAAAAAACUAAAUCGAUAAAAGCUCUAAAGUUUUGGCCGUAUCCCACUUAUGAUACUAAAAUAAUUAACGUGACCUUUAUAACUAAUAGUGGCACGUUUAUAAUAAUAUAGUGUAUACUUAUGGCCGAGCAAAAAUAAAAGGUUAUAUCUACACUGAGAUUCUAGUUUAGAAAUCCAAAUUUCGAACCAGAAUCUAAUUGAAUGAAUUUUCAUUUUUUAUAAAGAACUUCAUUUCGCGACGACAAAGGAAGUAGAUUAACCAAGUUAAGUAAAAAAAGGAAAACCAUCUCUAUUGAAAACUUAAAUAAUUCAUUAAGCACAUAAAAUUGUUCUCAACGCAAAACAAAUCAUUUCAUGACUAAAUACGUGUUCGAGUUCAUUGCGUUUAAUACACAAACGUUUCAAACAGACCUUUGUCACUUAUACCGGUGUAUUUGCAAUAAGUCCUUGCACCGACGUAAAUGAUUCAAUGUGUUCAGUAUUAAAAGACAGAUAUGCCUGUGCACAAACAAAUAACACAAUACAAAUGUAUUUAUUUCAGUAUAUGUCAUAAAACAGAUACGUUAAUAAAUGAAAUAUUAAAAAAUCUUAAAUAUACUUCAAGGCUUUCAGGUCCAUAUGAACGAUGAACACAUUUAAAAAACAAAGUCAACCGGAAAGGUGGACUUGCUAUGAUUGCAGUGCUGUUGACAAAUCGCAAGCAAACAAAAUAUGGCAUCGUUUCAAAAUCCGUUAUACAUUCCCCCAUAGAGAACAUUUUCAAGAGAAACGUAGAUCGUUUUUUAUUCAAUAUCGAGUAAAAACUAUUUGAUUUUACUUCCGUGCAAUUUAGAAUACAAAUUGAAUGCAUCUGAAAGGACUGCAUGACAUAAAAACGUUUAUCGUUGCCCAUAAGCUAAGUAUUUUCAUUUUCAAUUAUAAUAUGAUUGAAGAACAAAGUUAAUCACAAUUGAGUGACCUAAUAGCGCAUACGUAUUGAUUGUAAUAAUUGUGUAGAUAGCAAUUUUUUACGUUUUAUUUUUAUACCCGUAAUGUAAGUAUAAUUUAUAUUAAAUGUCAAUUAAUGUUUAACUAAUUGAUCAUAGAAGAGCCUAGCUACUGAUCUAAUAAAAUUAUAUGCGUGAUUA